AGAAACAAUUGGUCUUGUGGACAGUCUCUAUGGCAAGACUUCUUCGACGGUCUUCUGUGGGGUCUUCUUGUUGCAUAUUCUUCGAAUAUUCUUUUGAUUCCAGUUUUCUUGGUCCAUCUUUGUAGCUAUCAUAGUAACUACUAUGGGUUUUUUUGAAGACUCAUACGUUCCGUCAGAAAGUCGAGAACAAGACGGCUUCUCUUGUUUCCAAGAGAGACGAGGGGAAAGUGUUUUAUUGGAACAACAACCAUCUCACUUUUACUAUUCACCACCUGCCGAUAACAACACGUCUCAGUCUUUUUUGGAUGUGAAAAACGGUGACAAUAAGGUAAACUCAGGUGCAGUACUUGAUAAACCAACGGCCUUAAGGGUAGAAAACUUAUUGACUGGUGCAAGUUCAUCAGUUUCCAAAGCCGAAGCUAAGCGGCACGUCGAAGGACAAAGUGAGUCAACCAAGAUAGAAGAUACGAGUGAAACUGGGAGUACACAUUCCAGAAAGUGUCGUAGGUGCUCUUCGCACGACAACCUAGCUAUCCUAUGUGAAAGGAGUUCAAAUGAAGGAAAAAGAAUCUCUAGAGUACCAUCCGCUGAAGUCCUUACUGAUCGAGGAAUUUUUCUGUAUCCGUCUCGUGACUAUGCUUCAAAGACUCGUGACUAUCACCUUUGCAAAUCUACUCACAAAGGCAAAGUUUCCGAUCACUCAGCUUGGGAAACGUCAAGUUAUAAGCAUCAUAGUAGUAAUGGAUUGCCUCCUCUUUCUAGUCAUCACGUAAAGAAUGAAGAGCACUUGGUAGACUCAGCUUGUAAGUAUUCUAGCUCUCUUGGGAAUCGUAUCGUUCGUAAAAAUGAAGAUAUUACAAAGAGUGGUGAAAAGAAAACGGAAGCUUUGGAAGAUGAAAGAAAAAGUGAUACGAACUCUCGAGGAGGAGGCAUUGCGGAAGAAUCUUUCCCAACUCUUAAUCCUUAUUAUUCAACAGUAGCCUUUCAAACUGCUACUAUAGCAGCCAAUGAAUUGCAAUCAGAACUUAAGGCCACAGAAGAACUUUUAAAUAGUGCGGCAAGGAGAAGGCGUUAUCAGGAUGCUUGGUAUUCUUCAACUUUUUCUGCAAAUGGCUCUCUUUUGAAUGAUGCUGCAAGCAAGUGGACUCUUCAGGAGCAGCAGUCCUCCCAAUUACAUAGUUACUCUAGUUAUUUUCCUCAACCAAUGGCGCAGAUGGUUUCAUUACCAGUUUAUGUCAACCAUCCCAUACCCAAUGCUCCCCAAGUUGCUACUUCUUUGCCUGGAAACUUCACUAGUCAUUCAUCAGAAUCGCAGCAGCCUUCCUAUUUUCAAGAUGGAAACAGUAUCCAAGAUGCAGCCACUUUGACCAAUCGAAACGUGCAAUUGGAGCGACAAAUGAUGGAUUUGCAAUUGCAGUUGAACGAACUUCGAAACGAAAAUGCAAAACUCAAGAUGGAGAAUCAACAGCUCAAACAACAAGUCUUCUCAAAAGUAACCUAGUUUGAAUCUAUUUACUAGUUGAAAAAUUGC